CGUCUUCUCUGUCCCUCUAACAGUCUCCAGCUCCCUCUUCCUUUCCUUUAUUUUCUCUCCCAGUAACAAGCAAACAAGAAACCGAAUCCGUUCUCCGCUGCCAUCUCCAGCUCUUUUCAAGAAUCGCCUACGCCCGAGACCGAGCCAGAAAAAGGCGACGGGAAAAGGAUGAUUAAGUUCGAGAUCAAAUAUAUAUAGGAGUCGUGAUAGAGAGCGGGAGGGGGACAUGGCGGUGGAUCAGCCUCUGCUUCGUUCGCCGCCUCCGCCUCAUCUGCAUCUACACAUCCACCGUCUGUUGUUGUUGGUUCACCGCCAGACUAAGAACGAUGAACAGGUACAGGUGCAUUUUCCUGUAGUGCAGGUCAUGCAGCAGCAGCGGUAUCAUAGUCCGGUGGUGGUAGCUGGUGCUAACUGGCCUUACGGCGGCGGCGGCGAUCCCACUAAUUACAGCAGCACCAAUAUUCCUGGUGGCCGUAUGUUGGACAAUGUCGACGAGUUCGUAGUGGUGGGCCCACCACCUCCUUCUUCUUCAUCAACCGGAGCUCCCAUGAAUCCGGACUCCUCCUCCUCCGCCGCCUUUGCCCCCUAUUACAGCGCCAUUAAUUACCAUCUUCCACCUCAUGACCACGACCACCACGCUGAUGCUCAGGAUUUUGCCACUACCGUUGAUCUCACUCUCCGCCUCUGA